UCUCUUCACACACACACACACACCCUUUUUUCCAACCUAUUUCCUCUCCCCCCUGUCUUUUCUUCUGCACAACAACUACUCCAACAAAAUAAUAGAUUGCUACAUAUAUAUAUAUAUACCCUUUGUAUAGAGAUGGAUAGAUGUGUAGACAAAGAAAAGGAAAGUUGUGGUUGAUGUGUUUUUUUUUCUUUUUGUUUUUGUUACAAGUAUUGUUGAUUUUGUUCAAUAGGAGGAGGGUUUGUAUUUUAAGCAGGAAGUGGGAGAGAAAGGGGGGAGAGAGAGAUGAUUCUGAUGGGUCUUUUGGACUAUCGAUAUUGAUUGGUGAAAGGUAGUAUUAGUCUAUUUGUUUUGGGUUUCAUUUGGAUUGAUGAUUGGAGAGGCAAGAGAAGUGAAAAACCACAAAAGCUUCUUCUUCUUAUUUUUUUCUUUUUCUUUUUUUUUUAAAAAAGUAAAAAUUUGUAGUAAUCUGGGUAUUGUUUGAAUCGAUUACUAGUAAGGUCGUGUUGGGUUUGAAGAUCAUCGAUAUGGGUAAGAAGAAGACAGCGAAGAAAACGAAGGAGGUAUCAGUGGCAAUAGCAGAAUCGGCAUCAAUAGGUUCAUCAGAAGCCCAACAACAGAUGCCUAGGAAAAGGGGUAGACCUCGGAAAAUCGUUGAGAAAACAGAGAGUGAAGAGAUUAAGGAAGAACAAAGAGAAGAAGCAGCAGAAACAGUAGUUGAAGAGAGUGAAUCGAAGAAAGCAAAAAUGGGUGAGGAAGAAGAGGAAGAGAAAGAGAAGAUGAAAGAAGUGGCAACAUCAUCAUCAGUUAGGGAUGCGAAGAAGGAAGCAGAGCUGGUGCCAAAGGGACUGCCGAGAAGCAGUGCUCGGAGAAAAGGCAAACCUCGUAAGAGCAGCUAAACUUUAUCAAUGAAUGAUUAAUCAAAACUCUUUUAUUCCUUUUUUUUUUUUUGGUGGAUUAAUCGAAGGAUAGAAGAUCAAAAGAUGAAUGAUUUUUCAUUUAUACUUCUUCUUCUUCCUCCUGUGUUUUACUCUCUUUUUUUAAAUUUUAGUUAUGGUUUUGAUUUGAAUGUUGCCUUUUUAGGUUUUCU